AUGGAGAGAAAAAGAAAGCUUCCAGCUCGCGCGGCUCGUGUAGAGGCCGUCAGCAAGAAGCGGACCUCAACGCCCCCCGAACAGCGCCUGCAGACUCCACAACCGCCGGCACCCCCUCCUGUCGUGGAGGAGACGCUGCCCCGGAGCAUUGCGGCAGGUAAACCAUUGCCUACUGUCGAGGAGCCGCAGCCUGAAAAUUUGCCUGCGAGCCAGUACCAGACAGUGACCGAGAGGCAAGUUGAGAGCUACCGCCUGCCCCAGGUCUCGAUGACAGCGAGAAAGUUGGGAGCUGACCUGUCCCCCAGCGGAGUCCUGGUCGAGUCACUACACCGAUCACGACAGAAAUGGCUGAGCGAAGGCAUCUUCGAUAAGUACUGGACCAAGCCGAAGAAGAAGAAGGGCGAGCCAGACCAGCCCGCCGACAAUCCGGCCAAAGACUCCAUGACGAAGCUGGGGAGCUGCACCAUCACGGUCGAGCCGCACAGUUUCGAAGCGACGAUGUAUGCUAUUAAAGACACGGGCCCGAAGCCCGCACCGUUACCACCUACCCAGCAGAUGUACCGUCCCAUCAUCCAGUAUGGCCCUCCUGGCGGAGUGAUGCCUCCGACACCCCCUCCACCGGCUCCUGUUCAGCCCGUCCAGCAGAAGCCCCCUCCUCCCAUCCCACAACCAUCUCCUCUACCGCAGGACGCCCCAGUAUCAGACCGCGCUGGUCCUGCAGCCCCGGGCUCUGCGCAGAACGGCCACCGGCCUGCGCCCUUGCAAAAUCCCGGGCCGGCGUUGACGGGUCCCCAGCCAGCACCACCCUCUACACCAGUUGGCAAGAGCACGGACCCCGUUAUACAAAUGCUCGCAGAGAGAGCAGCUACAGAUCCGAGUCUGAAAGGAUUGAUGAGGAUAGUGGCAAACGGCGAGGCUACAGCGGAGGAGUUGAGGAGAUUUCAGGGUCACAUAGAUGAGCUUACCGAGCUCACUCGGGCUCAGAAGGCAAGAGAAUCCAUGGAUGCUGCAGCACGCCUACCUAGAGUCGAGCCCCCUCAGGUUUCACCUCAGGUUGCAACGCCCGUACAAGCCCCGGCUACUGUACCUGCAGCAGUCAAAGUAGCACCCACCCCUCCUCCGGCCGCCCCGGCUCCUCAAGUCCAACCACAACCACAAGCUCUGCGAUCAAAAGGCCCCGUGCCAUCCGCAAAGCCAGAUAUUUCUGGCGUCGCAUUCGAGUUCUCUGGUGGCAACGGAGACCGCUACGCCUUUCCGAGGUUCAGCAUACUUGAGAGCCGAGCUGGGGGAGAAGUAAUCGCAUCAUUCCUGAUUGUCCGGAGGGGUAGCAGCAGCGACUCUCCCACGUACGACCCCGCGCUCGAUUACUACCAGCCGAUCACUAUCCGGCUGUUUGCCCAACAAGGCCGCCAAUUAGACGCUCUCCAGAAGAUCGUGGCUCCUCCCGAGGAAGUCAGGCGGUACAUGGACGAAAUCAUGGAUAAAGCUACACGGGCCGAAUACGUUCUCCUUGCCAUGCGUCUCCCCAAGGAAAUUGAAUCUCCUGUCCCGGCCCAGGAGAAGGAGGAAGCAGGUGACAAGGGCGACGCAAUGGAUUUUCAAAUAACACCCUGGGCAACAACGAACUCUUCAACGCCUGUACCGGUACACAAGGUCAAGCCGGCGAAGAAACUGCUGAGCGAGGAGGAGCAGUACCAAUCUUUCAUUACUACGGUCGUCUAG